UGUGAAGUUAGAAGGAAGUAAGAAUUAUUUGAGUUGGGCUAGAAGAGUGCAGGUGAUACUAGGAGGAAAGGGGGUAGAGAACUAUUCGAGGGAGGAUUGUGUUGAGCCAGCUAACAAGCUGAGCUCUGAAUGGAGGGCAUGGCACACAACAAACUCUACCAUAGUGGCAUGGUUACUGUCAUCCAUGUCACCAUCGGUUAGUAAAGUGGUGGAAGCUAUGCACACUGCAGCACAAAUAUGGAAAACUCUGAGUAACAGAUAUUCCAAGCAGAGAAAUGUAAUGGUGAUGAUGGAGAUUUAGAACAAGGCCGAUGCAGUGAAACAAGCAGGAAGAUCAGUGGAGCAAUAUGCGAGUGAGUUACAGUACUUGUGGGGAGAGUUGGAUCACUAUGCUCCACUCAACAUGAGAGAUCCACAGGAUGCCCAUGAGGUUCAGAAGUGGAUUGAGGACAGGAGGGUGACUCAUUUUCUGAAGAACCUAGAUCCUGAGUUUGAGAGCAGAAGGACUGCGUUUUGCCACCAGGAGAGUCUCCCUACCAUGGAGGAGGCUGUAUCAGCCAUGGUUAUUGAAGAGAGCAGACUGAGGAUGAUGAGUGGUAACAAUCCUGUAAAAUCGGCCUAUACCUCAGUGGCAGAGAGAAAGUGCUACAAUUGUGGAGAGGAGGGACACUUGAGCUAUAAUUGUCCCCUUCCCAAGAGCUAUGGUGGUAGAAGUGGAAGUCGUGGAGGUCGUGGUGGUGCUCGUGGUGACCAAGGAAGUCGUGGUGGUCGUGGUGGAGGACGUGGCAGAGGCCGUGGAGGUACUCAGGUCAAUGUUGCUGCCUGGGAGAGUGGUUCUCAGAUCACUACUACUACCACAGGAGAUCUUCCAUCUGUCACACUAACUGAGGAGCAAGUCAAGCAAUGGGAAGAAUGGCAAAAGAUGAAAGGAGCUGAAAUUUCCAAAACCACCUCAGAUGGUCCUAUGAUUGCCACCACCAGUCACUUUGGUAACUUUGCCAACUAUGCCCAUUUGGGCAAAGGAGAAGGGGGCGGGGAGAGUGAUUGGGACUGGAAUAAGGCGUAAUGGGUUGUGGAUUAUCUAUCAGCAGAACUCAGCAUUGGCAGCAGUUGUUGGAGCACAGGAGCAGGAGAUCUACUUGCUUCAUUGUCGGUUAGGACAUGUGCCCUUUGAAAGUUUAAAUAAACUCUAUCCUGCUAUGUUUAAGGGUGUGGACAGAAACAAACUUGUGUGUGAUGCAUGUGAACUUGGGAAACAUACAAGGUCAACCUAUCCUAGUAUUGGUCUU